CGCAAUAAUACAGGACGAACGGUACCGUUCACAUGUUGGAACUGCGUCGAUGGAGAAAUGGUAAUUUUCGAAUGUUGUUUUGAUUUUUAUGGCUACCGGUUUGUAGGAUUGAAACGCGAUGAUUCGUUCGCCCGAUCCAGUUGCUGCUUCUUCCUGGCUUACAUUUGUUCGAUAUUCGAAUAAAACAAAGAAAAAACAACAUAUCUCGUGAAGUAGCAUAGACUUUCAUUGAAGAGGCUCGAAAGGAAGAUAUAAAAAGCAGUUGGCAUAUUGAGCCGGGCAUCAGUUUCAAAUCGGAGCUUACAUCGCGUGCACAAUGAAGUCGUUUAUCUGUGGAAUAGUGGUUGUGGUCCUGAGUGUCCUGUUGGUGAUAGUAAAUGCCAGUCCGGUGAAGGAGGUCGAAAUCGUGCAAGCUGAAGAUGUUCCAGCGCCCUUGGAAUCCGUAGACCGUGCAAAACGCCAGCUUCUGGUCGGUGCGCUUCUGGGAGGUGGACAACCAGGAUACGGUCAUGGAGGAUAUGGUCACGGUGGUUACGGACACGGCGGCUACGGACACGGAGGAUAUGGUCAUGGCGGAUACGGUGGUCAUAGUCAUGGUGGGCAUGGAGGUUAUGGUCAUGGACACGGACAUGGUCACGGUCAUGGAGGUCAUGACUAUGGACAUCAUGGACACCAUAGAGGCUAAACUGAGUGAUAAAUGAUCAUCAAUUUGUACAUACACAUAUUUAUUUAUUUGAGUGGAAUAAAAUUU